GUUCUAUGAAAAGGUGGGAAUUGCGUUUAGGCUUGAUUGCUCCAUCUCGGGAUUUUGUUUUUCUAACACGACGCAUCUUCAUCGCUGGACAAUGCAGGCGCUGGUCAUUUGGGUUCUAGUCAUCGUCGUCGUCGCGUCUCUCACCAACGUCCGAGCUCAGCAAGCCGCCGCGCUCGUGGAUAUCAACCCACCCAGCCCCGUGUACGCACAAGCAACUUUUACCCUCAACAACCGCCUGUUUGUUCUCGGCGGAGUCGACGAGAACGUUGCCCGUUCUUCGGGACCUGGAUCUACACAGGUCGCUGCAUUUGACUAUGGAGGAACAGAAUUUGUCUGGAAGAGAUACGAUGACAUCCAGUUUCCUCCUACGACCGGCGUCGUCGCAGUGACUGUCGGGUCGAGGGUGUUGCUCACGUUUGGCGCCGUCUCGUAUUCCCCAGAAGCGUACAUUCGGGACCGCGCCGUCUCGUGGUUCGAUCCUCUCACAGGACAGAUUGAGCCUUUGGUCACGCAGCCAGCCCCAGGAUCGACAUUUGGACCUGCCUUGCGAUAUGGGCAUUCAGCUGCGUAUGUUGCUUCCAGGAAUGCCGUCUACAUAUAUGGUGGAUACGCAGCAGGAACCAGUGAACCUUUUAAUAAGGAACUCUGGAGGUUAGAUCUGACUACAAACACCUGGCUGCAAAUAACACCUCUGAACCAGACGGGCGCGCCUCCUGUGACAGUAGGAACUUGUUCCGUUGCGGUCGGAAAAUGGCUCGUCAUCUGCUUUGGCGCAAUUAGUGGCCAAGGACCUUCUGUGAACACUUGCGAGGUAUUUGAUACUAGCAUUGGUCCGAAUGGACAGUGGGUCUUGGCCAAUGUUACAGGUCCAGACGGCUUUCCAGGGCCUCGAUCAGCAUCUCGCCUUGUAGUGGACAAUGCAAAUCGUGUGUACGUUUUUGGCGGCGGUACCUUUGGUAGUAACGACGCGUCCUACGAUGAUAUCUGGACGUUCGAUGGCAAUAAUCUGCCCAACAUCACCUGGAAACGAUUCAAACCUUUGGCACCGGCUGGACUAACUCCUAGUGCUCGACGAGACCACAGUAUGGUUGUCAGCACCGCUGAUCCCAGCAAAAUAAUUAUCUGGGGCGGCCACGACAAGGCUAAUGACGCACCAAUGGACAAGAAAAUCUACGUGCUAGACACCAAGGCAGAGACGUUUUUGCAAUGGGUUCCAAAGUCAGUAGACGAAGGAAACACAAUGUUGAAAACCAAGAUAGGAGUCGGAUGCGCCGGUGCAGUACUCGUUGUGGGUGCGAUUGUCGGCACGCUCUUGUGGCGUCGGCGCGCGAGAAACAAGUCGUCAAAAAAUAAGGAUGUAAAGGUUCUCAGUGCCAACAAAUCGGAAUCCAAAAAGUCUACCGAUAUGCAUCACACAACUAUCCAUGUGCACGAUAUUUCCCGAGUGAAUAACCCUCCUUCCAUAUCCAACAUUCCAGUCGGUCACUUGGUUGCUCCCCAUGUUCCGCCCUCGUGGACCAUGCCUGAUCUGACAAUUCCGACGGUGGCAAAAUCCAACGACCGAACCGCGUCCAUCGGAGCGGGUCCUUUGAGUGCCCAAGCUGCUCAAAUGCUAGCUGGAGACCCGACGUCUCCACCCUUGUAUGAGCAACUGGAUCAAUUUGCCUGCUGUACAUUUUCUUUUACACCAAACUUGCCUGAUGAACUGCUAUUGAGGAAGGGAGAUGUUGUGGCUAUUUCACAAAAAUUCAACGACGGAUGGGCGUACGGUACCAACAUUAACACAAAACAAGCUGGAACGUUUCCCAUGAAUGCUGUCAACCUUCUGGGUAGCGCAUCUUUUGCUAGUGAUGGCACCCGACCCGAUCAAGAUCUGAGUCCUGAAGCCCUGCUUGCUCGUGGAGCUAUUUCGGAAAUAACCUAUAUCCGGUUGAAAGAGCUGGAACUCGAGAUGGAAAAGCACAGAACUGGAAGUCCUUCCGCGUAG